CCGUCCGCCCACUAUCAUGAUAACGGCAGACUUGUUGAUCUGCUGCCGUCGAGUUCGAGCACCACAGACUACGGGCAGCUGCUGUUACGCGCAUCCGUCGACGGAAACCGUUAUUCUGCGCGCGUUCCGGAUCCACUCAGCCCGGAAGCCGUUCUGACGGUGAUGCUUCUGUGCCUGUCGUCGACGUCGUGGUGAGUGACAACCAUGUCAGUCACCGUCGCCCUGACCGCACUGGUCGCAUGUGGUUCCUUUUGCUUACAGACCGCCAACGCCGGUUUGCUGUUGACCGGUACGGACUACCAGCCCCUGUCAACCGACGACCAACAACUGGCGAUUGACGAUCAGUCGCAACAGACGUCUGUUCAGUUCCAGCAGAUGGCCACCGACCAGCUCUAUGGUCAGAAUCAAGUGGAGAAUAGUCUAGAUAAUACUGAUAAUUCUAAUGUCGAUGUAUCUCACCAAUUUCAUUUGCAUGAAUCUUCUGAAUGGCCUUUUCCACAAAAAAUUGAUAACAGUAUUGGGCAAAUUUCUGGUGUUUCCAUAAGCAAAGACAAUUUGGUAUACAUAUUUCAUAGGGGCGAUCGAGAAUGGAAUCAAACUACAUUUUUUCAAAACAAUGUGUUCAGAGAGAAAAAUAAAGGACCAAUUUCUGAACAGGUAGUUGUUGUACUGGAUCCAAAAAACGGUUCAGUAAUUAAAAGAUGGGGUAGUCACAGAUUUUAUAUGCCUCAUGGUAUUACUGUUGAUCAUGAAAAUAACGUUUGGUUGACUGAUGUUGCUCUUCAUCAAGUAUUCAAAUUUGACCCUAGCUCUGGAAAUGUAUUAAUGACUUUUGGUACUGCAUUUGAACCAGGGACAGACUCAAACCAAUUUUGCAAACCUACAUCAGUAGCUGUAACAUCUAGUGGUGAAUUCUUCGUAGCAGAUGGAUAUUGUAACUCACGUAUUAUUAAAUAUUCUGCUGAAGGACAAGUACUGUUACAAUGGGGCCGAUCCACUUUAGUCACAGGUGAGAUGCUUGUGCCUCCUUACCAAUUGUGGAUUCCACAUGCCUUAACAUUGGCUGAAGAUAAAGAAUUGAUAUGUGUUGCUGAUCGUGAAAAUAGCAGAGUAUUAUGUUUUAAUAUCAAUAAUGGAACCUUCAACUUUGAAAUUAAUCCACAAUUAUUUCAACGUUUAUUUAGUGUUGCAUAUUCACCAAUGGCUGGUGGACUAUUUUAUGUACUUAAUGAUAAAAAUAUGGAUGUAGUAACUGAGGCAUUAUCACAAGGAAUUGUGAUCAAUGCUACAUCAUUAGAAGUAAUUGGACAAUUUCAUCCUAAAAAUAAUGAAUUUUCACGACCUCACGAUAUGGCUGUAAGCCCAGAUGGAACAUCUGUUUAUGUUGUGGAACUUAUAAGAUCUCAUAUACGGAAGUUUGUGUUAGAUUCAGAUAUUCAAAACAAAUUUAUUAACCAAAGUGAUGAAUCACUUAAUUUUUCAUUGCAUGAUAUAAUGUUGAACAAAUAUAACAUGCUAGAAAAUUGUGCUGGUUUGAGAGAAAAUUCUGGAAAACAAAUUUUAGUGAUUAUGUUAAUAAUUGCUGUAGGUUUGUUUUUCACUGCUGCUAUAUUUGUAACUGUUUUAAUAUACACACGGACUAAAUCAAUAGCUCACCGGAAAGAAGCGGCUUUCAGUCGCUGGCAACCUCGGACACUUAACGCUGCUGAUGGAUUUACUUUGGGCAACAUAUUUAACAAAAAACAACGAGCCGGUUUCGAAAAACUUGCGACUGUUGAGGUGAGCGAAGACGACGAUGAUGACGACGACAAUGAUCUGAACGUGAGGACUUAAUAAUUGAAGUACUAAUAAUUUAAUAAUAAUAUCGUGCUAAUAGAUUCGAUUUAUCGCUACGGUUGUUAUUAUUUGUAUUUAUUAAUUUAUUGUAACACUGUUUCCCGAUGGAACCUAUACUUAGAAUACUUCCCCAAAAUUUGUCAGCCAAACGUCUAUGUUUAAGUCGAUCUGACCGCAUAUUACACUCACACAUUCCUACUAUACGACACUUCGUAAGUCUAUUAUUACUAUUAUUAUUAUUAUCCUAUAUUAUUGCAAUGUUAUAACCGAACAAAGUUAAAAAUAUUAUUUGUAACAAUAUAAAAGAUUAUUAAAAUAAUAAAAAUAAAGGAAUUUAAAUAGUCA